UUUCCAGACAAGCCAAUCGGCGUAACCGCGGUCCUGGUUAUAAAGACUCCUCGGACCCGGGGGAGCUCAGCUUCUCCCCAGACCCAGAGGAUCUGGACCAUGGCGCCCCGAGCCCUCCUCCUGCUGCUGUCGGGGGCCCUAGCCCUUACCCAGACCUGGGCGGGCUCCCACUCCCUGAGGUAUUUCCACACCGCCGUGUCCCGGCCCGGCCUCGGGGAGCCCUUCUACAUCUCCGUGGGCUACGUGGACGACACGCCGUUCCUGCGGUACAACAGCGACGCUGCAAAUCCAAGGGUGGAGCCUCGGGCGCCAUGGAUGGAGCAGGAAGAGCCACAGUUUUGGGACCGGCAAACCAGUAUUGCCAAACGGCAUUCUCAGACCUGCACAUUCAAUCUGAAGACUGCCCUUGGCUACUACAACCAGAACGAGUCCGUGCCUCACGCUUUCCAGUGGCUGUCCGGCUGCUCUGUGGGGCCUGACGGGCGCCUCCUGCGUGGCUAUGAAGAAUUUGCCUACGACGGCGCGGAUUACCUCGCCCUGAAUGAGGACUUGCGCUCCUGGACCGCGGCGGACGCGGCGGCUCAGAUGACCCGGCGCAAGUGGGAGGCAGCCGGUAUGGCGGAGCACUACCGGCUCUAUUUGCAGAGGGAGUGCGUGGAGUGGCUCCGCUGGUACCUGGAGAAAGGGAAGGAGGCGCUGCAGCACGCAGACCCCCCAAAGACACAUGUGACCCAUCACCCCACCUCUGACAGUGAGGUCACCCUGAGGUGCUGGGCCCGGGGCUUCUACCCUGCGGAGAUCACCCUGACCUGGCUGCGUGAUGGGGACGACCUGACCCAGGACACAGGGCUUGUGGAGACCAGGCCUUCAGGGGACGGAACCUUCCAGAAGUGGGCGGCUGUGGUGGUGCCUUCUGGGGAGGAGCAGAGAUACACAUGCCAUGUGCAGCAUGAGGGGCUGCCUGAGCCCGUCACCCUGAGAUGGGAGCCACCUCAGCCCACCAUCUCCCUUCUGGGCCUCAUUGCUGGCCUGGUCCUCUUUGUGGUCACUGGAACUGCGGUGGCUGGAGCUGUGAUGUGGAGGAAGAAGCGCUCAGGAGAAGAAGGAGGGAGCUAUACUCAGGCUGCAUGUGAGGUGGCUGCCUUGCGGGGACUGGGUGAUGCAAGAUUUCUUCACGUUCCCCUGUGUGACAUUGAGAUCCCCUGACUCUUUCUGCUAAGGGCAUUUGACUAGGUCUGUGAUCUGUUAGCAUAAUUUGAGGAGGUAGGGAGACUGGCCCAUGCCUGCCCACCAUGAUUCCUCCCUGAUACCAUUGUCUGUUACUACUGUGGGUGCACAGAUGUGUUCAAACAUGUCAAAUUGUAUACAGUAAACAUGUAUAUGCUAAAUAUGUAUAUAAGUACCUCAAUAAAGCUGUUUCAAAAAUAA